UAACACAAAAUACAUGCUUUUUACAUGUGGCAGAGAUGUGUAACGUAUUCGUAACAGACUUUGUCACAUCAAUCAUUCUGAUAGUUAGAUUUGAUUAUAGCGUUCGACAAUUUUUAUUCAACGUCAUUGGCUUAUUUGCAUUAUGCGCAUUGACGCGCACUCGGCCAAACUGAUUGUCUCGAUUGUUUUAUUCUUCUUAGAUUUAUUAUGUGAUAGAUGGCGCGAGUUUCUAUCCGACAAAAUGGCUGAAAAUUGAUUUUUUUACGCGGACGCGAGUUCCAGCGAGUUCUAUGAAAUUCCCGACGUUCGACUGAGAACGGCGUGUAUGUUGAAAGAAACGAUUAGGUUCGGAAAUAAUGAAAUCUAUACCGUUGCGGGUUGUGAUCGAUUAAAAUAUAGACAUUAGAAUUGAAUUAGAAAACGUGAAAAACAUUCAUGUUAUAAUUUUAGGCGCAAGGGCGUCCGGUCAGUUUCUAAUGUUUCUUUUGAAAUAAAAAUUGGCGCCUAAAUGAGUGCUAAAGGACAGCACAAUUGCGUUCUGUGUAACACAGAGUUAGAAUCCAAGGAAGCCUUACAGGCACAUUUUAGGAAGCAUGCAAACAAAGAGAUAGAUACUCGUGGCAAAGCUGUGAAAACGAAAAAAGAGAAUGAUACCCAGUGUGAUAUGUGUGGGAAAACAUUUGAGUCAGUAACUGCAACAAUAAGACAUAGAUUUAAGGUUCAUCCUAAUUCGCCAACAAAAUUUUUUUGUCACUACUGUGGAAUGCAGUUUCCCUUGAAAACACAUAGGGACAAUCAUCAAACAUCGCAUGAUUCAUCUGAAAGCAAAAGGACAGAGCUGCAUAAGAAGUGUGAAGACUGUGAUGUAUUGUUUUAUAAUGGAAAAGCUUUAGAUUACCAUUGCCGAUCUAUACACAAAAGAAUGGUGCACUUGUUUCAACCUAUAGCGACCCCACCGCCUAGCAAUAAGAUUAAAGUGAAUUCAAUGAACGAUGCUCUCAGUGUAUAUUACUGCCAUUUGUGUGGAGCUGAAUAUGUUAUUAAGUUUAAUUUGCAACGGCAUUUGGAACGAGCUCAUACUCAAGAGGAAAGAGAAGCUGUUCCAGAAGACUUAAUAAAAUGUACAGUAUGCGCCGCUUUAUUUUGCAGCAAAAGGGCAUACGAAGUGCAUAAUACUUACCAUCAGCCAAAUGAUCUGUACGUAACAUCAGAACAGCAGAGAUUGCAGACCGUGACUAAAGUAGAUCAAGAUUUCGACAUCCGACGUGUUGAAGGGGUUGCUGAGAAAUAUGUUCCGAAAGAUAAUACACCUAAAAGACUUGCUAAAAGUUGGCAUAAGCUUAAAAGAACACAGAAUGUAGAAGUAAGACAAACAGAUUAUUCUUCUUCAGAUGAUGAGCCUGGCGCUACUAAUGACUCCAGUGAUUCUGAUAGCGAACUUCCAUUGAAACAAAGGAUUUGCAGCUAACGGAGGUCUUUUAUCAUUCAUAAAAUAUCUGUGUAUUUACAAUUCUUAAAUGUUGAAAAUUUAUGUCAAAACGAUUGUCAUUACCAUGUUAUCCUACAGAUUUUAUUUUUUAUUUUUAUGUGACUAUAAAAUGUGAUUCUAUAGAUGAUAAUA